AUGCCAAACAGGUUGAGUGUUUGUGAUGCCUCUGGAAGUCCAGCUGGCUGUUACAGGCAGGUUGACCGUUUCCCCUCUGCUGACGACUCCUCUCAAGCUGAGAAGGUGGCAGGAGUGUCGUUUGCUCUGCUCAAGACCUCGGUCAAUGUUUGGGAUGUUUCGGUCUGCCAGGGUUACAUUUCUGACUUCACACGCACCAGGCUGUAUCAUGAGCUCUCCCUAUGUCCUUUUGGUACAGAGGAGGAGUGUCCUUUUUGCUAUUGCAGGGUAAGUAGCACUCCCAUUGUUGUAUUAGAUGGAUUCAGCUCGCAGUGA